GUCACUAAUCUUCAGGUUAUCCAUAUAAUAUAAUACAUUCGCCUCUUUCCAUCAAUUUUUAUUCUUUCGUCAUCGUUGUCUAUAAAUGGAUAUUAUUAAAACAAUUAAAUAGUAAUGAGGAAAAAUUCGAAAUUACAAAUUAUAAGCUUUUUACAAUUAAAUUACAAUUUUUUACGUAAAAUACGUUUUGUUGACAGCUUCUGAUCUAAACGUGCGAAAUUACAAAUAUGUCAGAUAGCAUGGAACGAGAUAAAGUUGAGAUGUUCACAUCUAAAGAAAGGGAAGAAGAAGAAGAAGAAAUGAAACGAGAACUUAUAGAUAUGAAAAUGUACGAGACAUGGUAUACUUACAAAGAUAUGAAAGAAAUUUUAGGGUUUAUUAAUGAAUCUAAGGAUAUGGCAAAUAUGGCUAAUGAUGAAAAAGAUACACAAAAGGAAUUAAUCCAAUCUUCUAGUGAAUGUACCUCCGAGGUAAUGCUCAAGGCAAAUUUAGCACAAGAAUUGGAGAUACAAGAACACAAUGAUGCAACUCAGUCGAUACACUCUUAUAAACCUAAUCAUAUAUCACCAAUACAUGAAAGAACAUCUUCACAUGGAUGUAGCAAUUCUGAUCUUGCCACUGCUAUUGCUGAUUCAAGAAAUCCUAUGUACAGAGGGAAAAAAUUUGAUAGCAAAGAUACAUUUAUUAGAUUACAAGACAAUUCAAAUAUCCGAGAUAAUUAUUCUCAUAGCACGAGUAAAUAUAUUUCUUUAAAAUCAAAAAAUUCUUUACAAGAUUCAGAUAUUAUAAAUAGCGCAGAAACAAAAAUGGAUACACAUUCUGAAUGUGAUCAAAAAUUGGAUCGAUGGCAAAUUAAUCCACUUGAUUCUUGUGUUAGCGAAAAUGAUGUGCCUUUGCAAGAGCCAAAUCGGCCAGUAGUUGAAGAUCGCAUGCCAUUUAGAUUAUGCAAAGAUGCACAAACACCUGAGACGCUUGAGAAGUUACUGCCUGAAUUAAACUUUUAUUUGAAACAAACAGCAGAGUUGUGGCAUAGUUGGCACCGUACUACCGAUACUAAGUUUCAAUGGGGGUCACCCAUUCAGGUGGGUCUUGCUAAAGAUAACUUGGAUAAAAAAUUAGUAAAAGAUAUUAAGACUGAUCAAAAUCAGAUGGAAUGUACAAACAAACAUAGCAAUGAACGACCUCAUAAACGUAAAUCAACUAUGAUUCUUUCUUCUUUCUCUGAUAUAACAUAUUCUAGCAGUGAUGAGGAUGAAAAUACUAUUAAAAAAAAGAAAAUUCAGUCUCAUGAAGAUACAAACAGGGUAUUACGUUCAAAUAAAAUGGUAUGUACUGCUAGAUGCAGUGAAAAAAAUAAAAAUUUAAACCAAGACAAUGAUAGCAGUCUCUUAGUAGAUAAUAUGGAAACUGAAAAUUUUAAAGCAGAAUGUAAAAAAGAAUCUAAAGAAUAUUUAUCAUCUGAAUCAAUUCCCUUAUGUCCAAAAAAAGUACCUUACAAUGUUAGAAGAAGUAUUACUAAAAGGAGAGAACAUGUUAUUAAUAUGUCUUCUAGCAGUCCAUUAGCACAUAGUAGCAAUGAAAAACAAAAUGCAAUAACAUUAAUAUCUAAAAAUAAAAGUAGUAAUCUCACUGAUGAAAACAUUCUCAUAGAAUUAGAAAAUGAUAAUGCUAACGACAAUGUUAAAACAAUAUUUGAGAGUACAGAAACUAAACCAUUACCAAAGAAAGGUUUUUCAAGUAGAAUAAACAAUGUAUAUGUUUCUUUGGAAAAACUUCAGCUUGAAAAACGAAAAAGGCAUGAAAUUGAAAAGGAAGAAGCUGAGAAAAGGGAAGCUGACCAAAAGAAAAAGAAAGAAGAAUUUUAUAAAAAACAAUUAGAAGGAAGGCAAAGAAGAGAAAAGCAAAGAGAAGAAGAGGAAAAGCAUAAAGAAGGAAAAACCAAAAAGUGGAAUACUAUAGUAGACGUGAAAUCUUUAAAAAAAACUAACAAAGAUGAAGAAAGAUUACAAGAUUUAAAUAGACAAAACAAGUGUACAACAUCAGUAGAGGAUAACAUGUCCGAGGAUGAUAGUACUUCUGUAUCUAGAGAAAUGAAGAUAACAGAGAAUAAUCUCACAAAUAAUGUAAAUUGCCCCAUUUGUAAUAAAUCUUUUCCAAGUGAUAAAAUAGAAACACAUGCUGCUGGAUGCGAACAAUAUAUAUCUGAUAAUGAAUAUGAAAAUGAUUUAUAUAUAGUGGAAAAUGAAUCAUCACCAAUAAGCAUUAACAAUACUGAAAUUCUUGAAUGUGGUGUUUGUUCAAAAUAUAAAACCACUAACGGAAUACAUUAUGAAGAUCAUGUUAAUAGUUGCUUACAAAGACAGCAUGAAGAAGAAUCGUCAAAUGGUAAAAUUACGACCAAUAAACAUGAACAUGAAAUCAUAUUUCCUGCAACUGUACCAGGAGGAAUUUAUACAGAUUUGAACAAAGCACACAUUAUACCAAAUAAUUUUAAUGAAAAUAAUGAUGUAACUAAUCGAUGGGUUGGUAAUCAAUCAGUUACUUACACUAAAGGUUUUUAUGUAAACAAUACUUUAUUAAAUGCACCUAAAGUAGUAUUAAUUUUCCAUGGUGUAGAUACAUUUGCUAGAAUCUUUUUAAAUGCACAAAAAGUUGGAGAAACAUCAAAUAUGUUUUUAAGAUAUACAUUUGAUGUAACAAAACACUUAGAAAGAGGGGAAAAUUUGUUGGAAGUUUCUUUUUCUUCCCCUGUUAAGAUAGCUGAAGCCUUACACAAUAAACAAGCAUUGAAGUAUGUUAUUCCUCCAAUAUGCAAUCCAGAUAGUUACAAUGGAGAAUGUCAUGUAAAUUAUAUAAGAAAAAUGCAAGCAAGUUUUUCUUGGGAUUGGGGUCCAGCUUUUCCAUCAAUGGGUAUUUGGAAAAGUGUAGAAAUAAUUCCCAUAAAUGAAAUUUAUAUUAUGGAUGUUACAACAGAUAUUCAUAAAGAAGGAAAAUUUUGGAAUGUUAUAAUCACAUUAUUUCUUGAAACUACCUCACGAAGUAACACAACUUGUCAUAUCUCAUCUAUUCUUAAUAUUAAUGAACAAUCAAAUAUUCAUAAUACCAGCAAUGUUAAUUUACAAAUAGACACAAAAAGUACUAUACUUCUUAAAGUACCUACAAACCUUGUACAUGAAUGGUGGCCGAAUGGUUAUGGCAAUCAAACUCUUUACUCAUUAACUGUAACUGCAGCUACUUCUACUAAUGUUAAGCAGAAAACUAUACGCAUUGGUUUUAGAACAGUAGAGCUUGUACAAAAGACUCUGAAACAAGGAUUAAGCUUUUAUUUUCAGAUAAAUAAUAUUCCAAUAUUUGCGAAGGGUAGUAAUUUCAUUCCAGCUAGUAUUUUUCCUGAGUUAACUACUAAGACAGAUACAAUUAAACACUUACUAAGAUCUGCCAAAGAAGCAAACAUGAAUAUGCUUAGAGUAUGGGGAGGUGGACUUUAUGAAUCCGAAUUAUUUUAUAAUAUAGCUGAUGAAUAUGGAAUCAUGAUUUGGCAAGAUUUCAUGUUUGCGUGUGGAAUGUAUCCUACUACAAAAGACUUUCUUGAAUCAGUUAAGAAGGAAGUAAUACAAAAUGUACAAAGAUUAAAAAAUCAUCCUAGUAUUGUUCUCUGGGCUGGAAAUAAUGAAAAUGAAGCAGCUCUAUAUGGAAAUUGGUAUGGAACUGGAACUAAACAAAUAUAUAAAACUGAUUAUAUCAAACUUUAUGUAGACUUAAUUAAGAAAGAAGUGGAACAACUUGAUUCCACACGACCUUUUGUAAUAUCUAGUCCUAGUAAUGGAUUGUAUACAGAGAAAUAUAAUUAUAUUGGAAAAGAUCCAUAUUCGAAGUUAUUUGGAGAUGUUCAUUAUUACAACUAUUUUAAUAAUGGAUGGGAUAUGAAGCAAUAUCCUCGUGCAAGAUUUUCAUCUGAAUAUGGGUUUCAAUCGCUACCGUCAAUUUAUACUAUGUUGCCGGUUACAAGAACUAUUACUGAUUUAGAUAUAGACAGCAAUUUCUUUAAACAUCGUCAACAUUUACCAUUAGGAACAGUAUAUUUGAAGAAUCUUAUUUCAAAAAAUUUAAAAUUACCUGAUACUCAAGAUAGUCUAAAAAGAUUUGAAAAUUAUAUAUAUUUAAGCCAAAUUAAUCAGGCUGUGUCGGUAAAAAUACAAACAGAGUUUUAUCGGCAAUCAAAGUCGGAUUUAAACGAAAUAGGAGAGGGAAUGACAAUGGGUGCUUUAUAUUGGCAAUUAAAUGAUGUUUGGCAAGCUCCAUCUUGGUCUUCCAUAGAUUUUGAUGGACGAUGGAAAAUGCUUCAUUACUAUGCUAUGGAAUUUUUUGCACCUAUUAUAGUUACAUACUAUAUCAAUAAUAUGCAGCUUUUAAUCUAUAUUGUCUCUGAUAUGACAUAUUCAAUAAAAAAUGCUACUUUAGAAGUGAAUCUUUAUGCAUGGAAUAGCAUAAAACCUGUACAAUCGUAUGUUUAUCCUAACAUAAUUAUUGAAGCAAAUACAGUAACUAAAGUUCAUAAUAGUUUACUAGAAUAUUCAUGGAUUUUAAAUUCUACAACACUUAAUGAAUGUCAAUCUAACUUUAGUACUAAAAGCAAUUGUAUUACAACACUCACCUUGAGAAACAAAACUGGAAUUCUAAUAGCACCAAGAAAUUACAUAUAUCCAAGGAAUGCUCUGAAGAAUAUUGCAUUACCAAUUGCAAAUGUUUCUGUAAAAGUAAAUGAUAAUUAUUUACCUGGAAGAUAUUUUAAUUAUUCAGAUAUUGAACUUGAAUUAAUAACAAAUAAUAUAGCACUUUUUGUAUGGCUAGAAGCUGGUAAUAUUUGUGGUCGUUUCUCAGAAAAUGGUUUCCAUAUGUUUGAAAAUAAGAAAAAUGUUACUUUCCAUGCAUGUGAAUUUAUCACACCAGAAGUGCUAAGAAAAUCUUUAAAAGUUACUACACUUUCUGGUAUUUAUUAAAUUCGUCUAAUACUGGUAACUCUGAUUCUAUUUAAAUAAUGAUUGUUUACCUUUGUAAUAUUAAAUUUCAAGUCCUUCGUGGAAAAUAUGUCUCGCGAUGUAAAUAAAUUUCGAAUCCAAUAAGAAUAACCAGAAUAAUUAGAAGUAUACUAAUUAUUAAAUACAUUAAAUUUGACAUUUUGCUUUGUUAACUUAUAAAUUUGUCUCUAAUUUUGGACAAUUUUUUAUUGGUUACUAUUGAAAAUUAUACAAUGGCUUUUUAUAACAAAAUAUAACAUAAAUAUUGAAGUUAGUACAUUAUCACAAUGAAACAUGAAAUCAAUGUAUACAAUAUGUAUAAUAAACAAUAUUAUUAAAGAAAGUAUAUAUAAUUAAUAUAAUUAGAUUAUUAAGAAGAAUAUAUAUAAUUAAACAUUAUUAUAUAUUUGUUAUUUUUCUAUUAAUCAGUAAUAUCAGGAGUUAAUAAUUUUAAAAUAGUACGUUUACUUUCUUUUUCUAUUAAAUUCUAGUAUUUAAUCUUAAAAACUACGGAAAAAUAAUUUAUUGAAUUGAUGCAAUAACGCACUUACAAUGCUAAUAAGCGUAAGCUGAGAUUUGUUUACUGAAUCUUUUUUAAAUAUAUUAUUAGCAAAACACUUUCAUGUAAAAAAUUCAUCAAAAAAUAAUAAAAUAUACAAGCAAUUAUUCCAUAAAUAUAUGUACAUGUAACAAAAAUUACAUGUUAUAGUAAACUAUCUUUUUUAAAGACUAGAUAAAGAUAUCUUAUUUUGUAAAUAGUAUUGUGUGUUAAAAUUUUUCAUAAAGAUAAAAGUUAUUUUUUUUAUACUAUAUAUGAACGUUAAACAUAUAUAAAUAUGACUUAUGUUUGAUCGUUUUUAAACUUCAUUUAAAGCACUUGUUAGAUGUUAAGAUUCACCAUUGCCUAUAUUUUUAAAAGUUAACCUACCAAGAUCUGUUAAUUUUUGUUCAACUAUUGAAUAAUAAGUAUUACAAGUAUUAUAUAAGUAUUAUUAACAACUUCCCUAUUACUGUUUAAUUUGUGCAUACGCGGGUAUAACUUCUUCUGAUGGCGAAUGUAGAUAACGACGACUUAGAUUAAUUGCUACCAUUAUACAGCAUAGCAAUAAGGGACCAAAAAUGGCACCUUCUACGCCUAAGCAAAAGACACCACCUACUAUGGAAAGACCUGUCAGAUACGGAUGUCCACCCCUAAAGUAAAAAAGCGAUUAAUAUAAAUGUAGUUAUAUGUAUUUAAAUAAAUAUAUUUUUAUUGCAAUUUUUAAAGAUUAUAGUACCCCUUAAUUUCUUUGUAGAAUUCAGUUACAACAAUAUUGCAAGGAAGAAAAUGAAACAUGAAAAACAGAAUAGCAGUCAUAGAUCCUUGAGUAAACCAAAGUUCCAAAGUAGCUGGGAUGCAAGCAAAA